CUGAGAUCAUUCGGAGAUACGGCCUUUCGGAUGUUUGUUCUCGCGAAGACGCUCGAGCGCAGUAGUUCCGGCGGACAAUAUCAUGAAAUAAUGAAAUUACAAGAAGCUAAGAGAAGAUCCGGCCAGCCCACGGGGCCCAAGUCUGAGCAAAAUCAUCCGAUAUUGGACCAUGACGAACAAGAAAUGAGGCUUUUGUCCGCCUCGGCAAUGCAUGCUUGAGAGGAAAGGGAAAGGACGCCAUUCACUGUUGAAACCUUUUGUGUGGUCCCAAGGUACAGUAGUAAGCUCGUAGGAUGGUGUUUGUCUGUGGAGGCGGACCUUGCCGAUCCUCUCUCCGAGUUCUCACUAUAUGCUCGGCAUGGUAGGCUGAGGUGGUACGGAACCUCGAAGGAGGUGUAGUCGACUUUCAACUUCAACCACAGUUGGUUAGGCAAAAAAAGGCAAUGCAUCGGCAUCCAGCCUAAGCCUUAGGCCAGCAAGGCCAGCAAGCCACGGAGAUGGAGGACGGCAUGGGUAAGCUGAGCGACCUCUACGGCGCAAGGCCCGUAAACUAUAAGAUCGUCCACACAAUCCGACGUCGUGAUAUGCCACGGGCGCUCAUAGUCAGCCUUGUUUCGAAUCAAGUGGUUGUGUCAGCUUGGCCUGAUGCCGAUAGUUGCGGUGUGUUCUGUCUUCCUAAGAUCCCGAUGAUUUCACUAACUCGGAUCAGAUAUCGACGAACCAAUGCCACCGUUGCGCGCGACGGCCAAUGUAAGGCAAGCUUGAAGAUGUCGUGUGUCGACAAAGAGCCUCCAUCGGACGGGGAGUUUGACACAGGAGCGCAGAGCACGUUGAUACGGGCAGGUGCAAGAAGGGGGUGUCGCGUUGGAGGUUGUUUGCAUGUGUCUGGCUGGGAUGCCAUCGCAGUGGUGACCAAGAGUGCGCGUAAUUUACCGUACGAUUAUAACUUUCGGGCAGUCCGGUAUGGUAACGUAAUGCAGAGCAUGCAAGUUACCAGGGAGCCAGGUACGUUUCGGUAUGUAAGGCUGCGAAGUAGACGUACUGUACUGCACGUAACGCUCGGCGAAUGCGUCACAGUAGAAGGCGGCAUGGAACGUCUUAAAGCCUCGUGGUUCCUUGGCCCCACCAAAAGGCAGCUGUAAUCGAAAACGUCACCC